CAACAUCUGAAUGGAAGACUUGUGUCAUUACAUUUUUUUUAUUGCAGCUAAAUGUAUAGUUCUGCAUCUCUUAGUUUUUUGUUGUCUUUGUGUGUCUUCUCCAUUGCUUUUUAAUAACUAUGUGUUUUUCCUAUCUAGGGUGACUUAGCAGCUGUUGAACAGCUGCUGAAAAAUGGGGCAGAUCCCAAUGUCAAAGAUAACGCGGGCUGGACGCCACUGCACGAGGCAUGUAAUCAUGGGCACAGAGAAGUGGUGGAGCUGUUGCUACAGUACAGGGCACUGGUGAAUAUUACGGGGUAUCAGAACGACUCGCCUCUUCAUGAUGCUGCCAGGAAUGGGCAUGUGAGCAUUGUUGAGCUGCUGCUUUUGCAUGGUGCCUCGCGUGAUGCAGUUAAUAUAUUUGGUCUGCGGCCUGUGGACUAUGCAGAAAGUGAAAAGAUGAAGUCUGUGCUAAUGUUACCAGUGAAGAAUGAAUCAUUUCCACUUAACCAGCCCUCUGAGGUACUGAGCUCCAGCCAGCCAAGAGGUGGACCUCUUGGUAUAUUGGGGAGCAAUCUUAGUUUGGAGCAACAGAAGUUGCUGAACAAACUAGCAACAGUUCUGAAGGCUCAAAGAUGUACUGACUUUAACAGCAGAGUAACUCAUCUCAUUAUCCCUGAUGUUCCAAUCCCAAAAACUGUCAAAUGUAUGAUGGCUGUUCUGACUGGAUGUUGGGUCCUCAAGUUCAAAUGGGUACGAGCCUGUUUACGGACCACAGUUCGAGAACAAGAAGAGAAGUAUGAAGUUCAAGGUGGCCCACGAAGAGGCCGGCUCAACAGAGAACAACUGCUGCCUAAAUUGUUUGAUGGAUGCUACUUCUAUUUUUUGGGAUCUUUCAAACACCACCAGAAGAGUGACCUUGUGGAGCUGGUCAAAGCAGCAGGAGGACAAAUUCUGGUUAGGCAGCCAAAACCAGACAGUGAUGUGACGCAGACAAUAAACACGGUGGCAUACCAUGCAGAAUCUACUUCUGACCAGAGAUUUUGCACUCAAUAUGUAAUCUAUGAUGAGUCUUCUAAAUUCAAGCCGGAGAAAAUUCGUCAAGGCAAAGUCUGGAUGGCCCCCUCCAGCUGGCUUAUAGACUGUCUGAUGUCGUUUCAGCUCCUGCCUGUAAAAUGAAUAUCUGUCUUAUAGGCAAGGUUUUGAAAUGUGGGUCUGGAGCAAUUGGAACACUCUGGUAAACAUUGGUCUGUAGCUAUGAUUUAUGCUUUGCACUUAGGAAUACAGGAGAGAUCUGACCAUUGCAAUGAGUUGCUAAGAUCACUGAUAUGCUGGAAUAAGAGAGAUAAAUAUACUGCAUUGAAAAAUGUGCCUUGGGUUCUUUAGUAUGCUUUGGGUUUGCAUUUAACUUAGCUGUAAUAAUCACUGGCAUUUUGUAACUAAGAUUGUGCAAAAUGAAGCCUUUUGCAUUCUUGAUUAGAACCAGCCCUUUUUAGGUGAUAAAGCGUGGCCCCAUUUAUUUUGUGUUUAAUAUCCAUUGACAGGGAUCUGCUGUAUGCAUCAUCUCUUCUGUCAGAUGGCACGUGAUGUUUCUUACAACAUCCUACAACUGAAUUUUGAAGGAAACUCUUGGCAUGGGACAAGCCUUAUAGAAAUUGGAGUUGAACUAAUGGCCUGAAUUCAUUUGAAGCAGAUCAAAACACUGUAAAUAAUUCCUAGUAAUUCCUAAUAAUAAUUCUAAAAUAAUUCCUUAUUUUAGACCAAGAUUUAGCAAGAGGAAUGCCUUAUUCAUUUCUGUCCUCUUUCACGCUUGUAAAUGUGUAACUUCUUAAAUUCUGUUCUAUUUUCUGAAGGUUUUUAAGUGUCAGGAUCCUUAUUAAAUUAUAACAAAAAAUAUUUUUGUAAGUAUGGAUGAUUACUAUCAUGGUUACUUAAAAAAUUAAUGCUCACAAGAAUUAUGCCUCACUUUGCACAACUAUACUUAAACUUAGCUUUCUACCUUGGAGCAAUAUUUGAUUCUUUCAUUUGUUACAGUAUUUCUCAUAAUUGAUCAUAAGUUGUUGUCAGAAUCUUACUUCCUCACUCUGUGCUCUUACGUAAUGCCAUGCAUCUUUUGUAUUGCCUUAGUUUGUGAAUUCAUAACUUAAAAAUGGUGUCUUGUAAUGAUAUACAAUGACAUUGAUGGUUGUGGGAUAAAACAAAGUUUCUUGUGUUUUGCUUUUGUAUUGCUUGUAAUAAUAAAGCUUUUGGUGCCAGUAA